UUGUGAUACUUUGGAUUUGAUCAUCGUGUAUUGAUUUUUUUUUUUUUUUUUAAAAGAAAUAAUGAAAAUGAAAACGACAUUUGCAUUGUUUUGUAUAUGCUUCUGUAUUGGCUUGUUGAAUGCGGCCACCAAACGAGAUCAUAAUGAUUAUUCGAAAAAUCCAAUGAGAAUUGUUUGUUAUGUUGGAACAUGGUCCGUAUAUCAUAAAGUUGACCCGUACACUAUCGAAGAUAUUGAUCCAUUCAAGUGUACACAUUUAAUGUAUGGUUUUGCUAAAAUUGAUGAAUACAAAUACACAAUUCAAGUUUUCGAUCCUUACCAAGAUGAUAACCAUAACUCAUGGGAAAAACGUGGUUAUGAACGUUUCAACAACUUGCGAUUGAAGAAUCCAGAAUUAACCACCAUGAUUUCACUUGGUGGUUGGUAUGAAGGCUCGGAAAAAUAUUCCGAUAUGGCUGCAAAUCCAACAUAUCGUCAACAAUUCAUACAAUCAGUUUUGGACUUUUUGCAAGAAUACAAGUUCGACGGUCUAGAUUUGGAUUGGGAGUAUCCUGGAUCUCGAUUGGGUAACCCGAAAAUCGAUAAACAAAACUAUUUGGCUUUGGUUAGAGAACUUAAAGACGCUUUUGAACCUCAUGGCUACUUGUUGACUGCUGCAGUAUCACCCGGUAAAGACAAAAUCGACCGAGCUUAUGAUAUCAAAGAAUUGAACAAAUUGUUCGAUUGGAUGAAUGUCAUGACAUAUGAUUACCACGGUGGAUGGGAAAACUUUUACGGUCAUAAUGCUCCGUUGUAUAAACGACCGGAUGAAACUGAUGAGUUGCACACUUACUUCAAUGUCAACUACACCAUGCACUAUUAUUUGAACAAUGGUGCCACCAGAGACAAAUUGGUAAUGGGUGUUCCAUUCUAUGGCCGUGCUUGGAGCAUUGAAGAUCGAAGCAAACUCAAACUUGGAGAUCCAGCCAAAGGCAUGUCGCCCCCAGGUUUCAUUUCUGGUGAAGAAGGUGUCCUCUCAUACAUUGAGUUGUGUCAGUUGUUCCAAAAAGAAGAAUGGCAUAUCCAAUACGAUGAAUAUUACAAUGCUCCAUAUGGAUACAAUGAUAAAAUCUGGGUCGGUUACGAUGAUCUGGCCAGUAUAUCAUGCAAGUUGGCCUUCCUGAAAGAAUUAGGCGUUUCUGGUGUCAUGGUAUGGUCAUUGGAAAAUGAUGAUUUCAAAGGUCACUGCGGACCGAAAAAUCCAUUGUUGAACAAAGUUCAUAAUAUGAUUAAUGGUGACGAAAAGAACUCUUUCGAAUGCAUUUUGGGUCCAAGCACAACGACACCAACUCCAACGACGACACCCACAACCCCGACUACAACACCAACAACUCCUUCUCCCACCACCCCGACAACAACCCCUUCUCCCACCACACCGACAACAACUCCUUCUCCCACCACACCAACACCAACAACACCAACUCCUACAACAUCGACACCUUCGCCAACCACGACCGAACACACAAGCGAAACACCAAAAUACACCACUUAUAUCGAUGGACAUUUGAUUAAAUGCUAUAAACAAGGUUAUCUACCGCAUCCAACCGAUGUGCAUAAAUAUCUGGUCUGUGAAUAUAUUGCCACACCAAAUGGUGGUUGGUGGGUACACAUAAUGGAUUGUCCAAAAGGAACUAGAUGGCAUGCAACAUUGAAAAAUUGUAUUCAAGAAAUGAAAACCAUAUAUGCAAUACUUAGUAUUAUGGCCUGCAUUGGCCUUAUGAAUGCAUCCAUCAAACGAGAUCAUAAUGAUUAUUCAAAAAAUCCGAUGAGAAUUGUUUGUUAUGUUGGAACAUGGUCCGUAUAUCAUAAAGUUGACCCGUACACUAUCGAAGAUAUUGAUCCAUUCAAGUGUACACAUUUAAUGUAUGGUUUUGCUAAAAUUGAUGAAUACAAAUACACAAUUCAAGUUUUCGAUCCUUACCAAGAUGAUAACCAUAACUCAUGGGAAAAACGUGGUUAUGAACGUUUCAAUAACUUGCGAUUGAAGAAUCCAGAAUUAACCACCAUGAUUUCACUUGGUGGUUGGUAUGAAGGCUCGGAAAAAUAUUCCGAUAUGGCUGCAAAUCCAACAUAUCGUCAACAAUUCAUACAAUCAGUUUUGGACUUUUUGCAAGAAUACAAGUUCGACGGUCUAGAUUUGGAUUGGGAGUAUCCUGGAUCUCGAUUGGGUAACCCGAAAAUCGACAAACAAAACUAUUUGGCUUUGGUUAGAGAACUUAAAGACGCUUUUGAACCUCAUGGCUACUUGUUGACUGCUGCAGUAUCACCCGGUAAAGACAAAAUCGAUCGAGCUUAUGAUAUCAAAGAAUUGAACAAAUUGUUCGAUUGGAUGAAUGUCAUGACAUAUGAUUACCACGGUGGAUGGGAAAACUUUUACGGUCAUAACGCUCCGUUGUAUAAACGACCGGAUGAAACUGAUGAGUUGCACACUUACUUCAAUGUCAACUACACCAUGCACUAUUAUUUGAACAAUGGUGCCACCAGAGACAAAUUGGUAAUGGGUGUUCCAUUCUAUGGCCGUGCUUGGAGCAUUGAAGAUCGAAGCAAACUCAAACUUGGAGAUCCAGCCAAAGGCAUGUCGCCACCAGGCUUUAUUUCUGGUGAAGAAGGUGUCCUCUCAUACAUCGAAUUGUGUCAAUUGUUCCAAAAAGAAGAAUGGCAUAUCCAAUACGAUGAAUAUUACAAUGCUCCAUAUGGAUACAACGAUAAAAUCUGGGUCGGUUACGAUGAUCUGGCCAGUAUAUCAUGCAAGUUGGCUUUCCUGAAAGAAUUAGGCGUUUCUGGUGUCAUGGUUUGGUCAUUGGAAAAUGAUGAUUUCAAAGGUCACUGCGGACCGAAAAAUCCAUUGUUGAACAAAGUUCAUAAUAUGAUUAAUGGCGACGAAAAAAACUCUUUCGAAUGCAUUUUGGGUCCAAGUACAACGACACCAACUCCAACGACGACACCCACAACCCCGACUACAACACCAACAACUCCUUCUCCCACCACCCCGACAACAACCCCUUCUCCCACCACACCGACAACAACCCCUUCUCCCACCACACCGACAACAACCCCUUCUCCCACCACACCGACAACAACCCCUUCUCCCACCACACCGACAACAACUCCUUCUCCCACCACACCAACACCAACAACAACAACACCAGCCCCUACAACAUCGACACCUUCGCCAACCACGACCGAACACACAAGCGAAACACCAAAAUAUACAACCUAUGUCGAUGGACAUCUUAUCAAAUGUUACAAGGAAGGUGAUAUCCCACAUCCAACCAAUAUACACAAAUAUUUAGUCUGUGAAUUUGUUAAUGGUGGCUGGUGGGUUCAUAUUAUGCCCUGUCCUCCGGGCACUAUUUGGUGUCAAGAAAAAUUGACUUGUAUAGGCGAAUAAUUCUGAAAAAAAAUUCAAUUAAAAUUUAAAAUUCAAUUUUAAUAUGAAAAA